GCAUAAUCCCUACAACAAACAAACAAAACCCGCAUUUGGAAAACAUAUUAUAAACAACAGAAACGCGGCUGCCCCCUUUCUAACCUUCUUACCACCAACACUAUACCCCCCUCGCAACAAUGUCGCAUUUUGUCGAUAAAGCAAAAAUUCCAUCCGUUUCAGGAUUCUUAUUAGGACACAAUCCACCCAGAACCAAAUCGUUCAUCUUUGGACUAGCGGUUGCAUUAUUGGUUUGGAGUGUGACUCCUUUGGCAUGGUUGACGGUCCUCAUUCGAUUUUACAAAAAAGGUCAAUUGAUUUCGAUCCCCUCAAAGAACAUAUUUGCAAAGAUUUGGUACUUGCAUUCGCUUGCUGAAAUACCAUUUAGCAUUUUUUUGGCUUUCAUCACUUGGAAAGCAGGUAAAGAAGCAAAACCACCAAAAGUUAGCUUUGAAACACUGCAAAUCCUCCUGACAAAAACACUUACUGUUGGACUUCCAAUCAAAGAGGGCGGAAUAGACGAUGAUCAAAGACAAAAACAUUUGAGAAACGGUAAAACGAUCACUUCCACCACAACUGCACAUCAAACAAGUAAUGGAGAUGCACAAUUACGUGGAAUUUCAGCUUUGCAAAAUAAACACAUUGAUGAAUCCGAAGCCGGACAAAGACGUGAAAGAUUACGAUCUUGGUUCUUCUUUGCUCCGAUUGAAGAUAUUUAUGAAGAUAACGUACGUGAAUGGUUGGCUUGGGCAUUUGCUGGAAGAAACCUUCAUGAUGCAAAACAAGACAAGGACUGCAUCGAACUUAUCGAUGAAGGAUUGGAAAUGGUAAAGCUACGAUUGAAUUGGCCAAACGUGAAACCGGGCUACAACCCAAAAGUACGUGCGAUUCGACUCACUUUGGACCCUAUUCGUGUUAUGAGUAGACCAUUGGGAUUUUAUGUGGUAACAAAUUAUGUUACUUAUGCCACGAUUGCAUGGUUGUAUGCAAUUCAUGGAUUCCGAUUCGAAAGGAGUGGAAGAUGUGAUUUCUUGGUCAAGAAGCCCGUUCCUGGUACAUCACCAAGCAAGAGAUCUUUGCCGAUCGUAUUCUUGCAUGGUUUAGGUAUUGGAUUAGGACAGUAUAUUCCUAUGCUUACACAACUUGCACGUCAUAAGGAUGGUGUUGUGAUCCUCUUGCAACCGCAUAUCUCCACCGCCAUCUUUUCGUCUAAAUUCCUUGACCCACCGGGAAAGGAUGAACAAGCACAAGCAACAAUUUCAAUUUUACAAAAACACAAGAUGGAACGUUGUACAACUUUGAGUCACAGUAACGGUACAAUGGUUUUAGGUUGGCUUUUACGUACUGCACCGCAAUUGUUUGAACGUAAUAUUCUCGUCGAUCCAGUUUCGUUUUGCAUGUGGGAAGGAUCUGUUUGUUAUUCAUUCAUUCAUAGAAGAUGGGCAAGUGGAGUUGAAGCAUUGUUGGGUUAUUUCGUCGGAAGAGAAUUAGGUAUCGCACAUACGAUUGGAAGGAGUUUUAUUUGGUUCGAUAUGAUCCUUUGGACGGAAGAGUUUCCAAGCUUGAACCCAAAUAACCUUCAUAUCAUCUUUGCCGAAAAGGAUCUUUUGGUUGACGUUCCUGGAAGUGUGCAAUACCUUCAAUAUUCUGGCGUUUCGGAUGAUUGUAUUUCUGUUUUACGUAAUUAUCAACAUGGUCAAGCACUUAUGCAUAAAGGUCAUGGAAUGCAUUUAUCUCUCAAACAUGCAGGUCUUCGUAUGUGAUGGUCGCAAAUGUACUCUUUAUUUAUAGAAAUGUAAUGCUCUUGUCUGUACUGUUCGUGUGAUGUUCCCCCUUAUGACGUAAGCAUCAGAUCAAAGAGGUGCUGCUCAUCAAAGCGAACGUGGACAAUCACACCGGAUUGGGGUAUGAUAACAGUCAACAAAAUCUAAGGAACAAAAAGUUGCUUUCUUACGCGUCAAAGAGUAUGCAAAGCAACUUUAUUGUCCGAAAUUGGAUGGAUGUGCAGUGAUGCAUUUAAAAGGGGCUUGC